GGGCAAACCCUGACGUCACCAAAUCCCAACUGCAAUAACUUGUUGAUUUAAAGAAAGCCAUUUGGUUUCCCACAUGCUUAAAAUCUGAAAAUGAGGCCACAUGAAAAAUGGAAAGAGUCGGUUCGUGAACGUGUUUAUGACCUUGCAUUCAAGCCAGAUGGCAGCCAAAUUAUUAUAGCUGCAGGACAACGUGUGCUGGUCUGUGAUGCUAAAGAUGGAACUAUUAUCCAGCCUUUAAAAGGACACAAUGGCACAGUGUACUGUGUGGCCUAUGCGAAGGAUGGUAAAAGGUUUGCCUCAGGAUCUGCAGACAAAAGCAUCAUCAUAUGGACUUCAAAACUGGAGGGUAUUUUAAGAUAUACCCACAAUGAUGCUAUCCAGUGUGUCGCUUACAACCCAGUCACUCACCAGCUUGCUUCCUGCUCAUCUGGUGACUUUGGCUUGUGGUCCCCAGAACAGAAAUCUGUAAGCAAAACUAAAGUGAGUAGCAGAAUAACGUGUUGUGGGUGGACCAACGAUGGGCAGUACCUCGCCCUUGGCAUGAUGAAUGGUGUGGUGAGCAUACGGAACAAGAAUGGAGAGGAGAAGGUUAAAAUAGAACGUCCAGGAGGAUCUUUAUCCCCUAUCUGGUCCAUCGCCUGGAGUCCCUCCAAGGAUGAACACAAUGACGUGCUGGCUGUGGCAGACUGGGGUCAAAAGCUCUCCUUUUACAAACUCAGUGGACAGCAGAUUCGAAAAGACAAAACUCUAAACUAUGACCCUUGUUGCAUCAGCUACUUCUCCAAGGGCGAGUACAUUGUGAUGGGUGGCUCGGACAAACAGGUGUCCCUCUACACUAAAGAUGGAGUGCGGUUAGGGACCAUCGGAGAACAUAAAGCAUGGGUGUGGACAUGCCGAGUUAAGCCCGACUCCAACUAUGUGGUGUGUGGCUGCCAGGAUGGGACCAUCUACUGCUACCAACUUAACUUCACCACAGUUCAUGGCCUCUACAAAGACUGCUACGCCUAUAGAGACAGCAUGACCGAUGUUAUCGUGCAGGACCUCAUCACUGAGCAAAAACUGAGAAUCAAGUUCUGUGAACUGGUAAAGAAGAUAGCCAUCUAUAAAAACCGCCUCGCCAUUCAGCUGCCUGAGAAGAUCAACAUCUGUGAACUCAAGGAGGACAACUCCUCCACCCUGAACUACAGCAUUAGCAAGAGAAUCUGCAAGAAGUUUGAAUGCAACCUGCUGGUGGUCUGCUCCCAGCACAUCAUUCUCUGUCAGGAGAAGAGACUCCAGUGCCUGUCUUUUGCCGGUGUCAAGGAAAAAGAAUGGGUGAUGGAAUCUAUGAUUCGUUACAUCAAAGUGAUCGGUGGUCCGCCAGGCAAGGAGGGUCUGCUGGUGGGCUUAAAGAACGGAGCUAUCCUGAAGAUAUUUGUCGACAAUCCUUUCCCAAUAACGCUGCUGAAGCUGUCAACAUCAGUGCGCUGCCUCGAUAUGAGCGCGUCCCGCAAUAAACUGGCUGUGGUGGAUGAACAUAACACUCUCUUCGUCUAUGACAACAACAGCAAAGAUUUGCUUUUUCAGGAGCCUAAUGCUAAUAGCGUAGCCUGGAACACCCAGUGUGAGGACAUGCUGUGUUUCUCUGGGAACGGCUACCUUAACAUCAAGGCCAGCAACUUUCCAGUGCACCAGCAGAAAAUGCAGGGCUUUAUAGUGGGCUACAACGGCUCGAAAAUAUUCUGCCUCCACGUCUAUUCCAUGUCUGCUGUCGAGGUGCCUCAGUCAGCACCCAUGUACCAAUACCUGGAGCAGAAGAUGUUUAAGGAAGCUUAUCAGAUCGCCUGUCUGGGUGUGACAGACAGCGAUUGGAGGGAUUUGGCCACAGAAGCUCUCGAGGGACUUGACUUUGAAACAGCCAAGAAGGCCUUCAUUAGAAUCCGAGAUUUGCGCUACUUGGAACUGAUCAGCAGCAUUGAGGAGAGGAAGAAGCGGGGCGAGAACGACAACGAGAUGUUCCUGGCAGACGUCUAUGCCUUCCAGGGGAAAUUCCGCGAGGCUGCAAAGCUCUACAAACGCAGCGGCCACGAACCAGCCAUGAAGAAAGCUGUGAACAUGUACGCCGACCUGUGCAUGUUCGAGCACGCCCAGGAGUGUGCGGGUGUUACAGACCCAAAGGUCUCCCUCAAGCUAAUAACAAAGCAGGCAGAUUGGGCUAAAAGCAGCGAGGAGCCCCGGACAGCAGCUGAGAUGUAUCUGUCAGCAGGAGAACACAUGAAAGCUAUAGAUAUUAUCGGAGAACACGGCUGGGCUGACAUGCUAAUUGGCGUUGCACGUAAGCUGGACAAGGCUGAGCGUGAACUACUGGCAAAGUGUGCGGUGUACUUCAAGAAGCUGGGACACCAUGGCUAUGCCUCAGAGACUUAUUCCAAGAUGGGAGACUUAAAGGCUUUUUUGCAACUACACGUGGAGACGAGUCACUGGGAAGAGGCCAUCUCCCUGGUGAAGGAGCACCCACAGUUCAAUUAUGACGUCUAUUUCCCUCUCGCCCUUUGGUUUGCAGAAAACAGUCACUUUGAUGAGGCGCAAGAAG